AUGGCCAUGGCGAAUAUAGCAAUGCAGUGUGCCUGGGCCGACUCUCAGCUCCAAUCAAAUGAGAGCAUUUUGGCCCAGCUUCCUCAGGAGAUACUUGAGGUCAUUCUUGCCUCAAAUGAUGGUCGCUACUUCGACACUCUUGCAAGGGCAGCACUGAUUCCGAACCUCACUGACCACCUCUUCAUUCUCUAUGAGCCAUUGAUGGUUGAAAUCGCUGCGAGAUGGUGUCAUCAGACCUCGACGGAAGAUGCACAGAUCAGCAUUAAUGUACUUGCGACCUUUGCACGCAUAUUGCCAGCGAAGCCAUGCCUGAAGGUCCUGCUGAAAGAGUUCAUCGAAACGUGCAAAAGCGGAUUCCUCGGGAGCCUUGCAGAACCAGCUCAACUAAUGUUGUUGGCCCUUGAUGUUGAUCUUCUGUCCUCAUUUCUUGUGGCUUUAUUUCGUUUGUACUCGCAUGAUAUGACUACCUACAGCCGUCUUAUCUCACCCGUUCAGCUCUCCUCUCUGUUGGGGCAUGAAGACCCCUCUGUCAGGUAUCUCACCGUUCGAUGUCUUGCUCUGUACAUGAAGCUGGCAGAUGCUAUGGUUGAGAGAAUUAUCUUGGAGCAUGUGCCAGAGAAAGGGACCACUAUCAAAGUUGAUGGCGCACAGGCUCCUGCUCGGCUCUUCAGUCUGUGGGAGGAGCAACGAUGGAGAAAUCUCGUCGAAGCUCUUGCCAAAGCCGAACACGACCGUGCCCAUUCUGCUGCUAUUCCAAUCAGGUCAAUAACAGCGGUAAUGUUCUCACCUAACACAGCGGUCCUAGCAGGUGUUCUCGUGCCACGCUCCAAGGGAAAUCCAACAACUCCAUCUUUCGUUGAUACUCCCACUACCACAAGAAACUUCGUGAAGCUUGCAAACGCUAUUCUCAAUUCGAAUGGGAUUCUUCUCUCGGGAGCGUCAGGUUCAGGUAAGACCUUACUUGUCAACGAAGCUGCGAAGCUGCUAAACAAGUUACCUUAUAUGAUCACCCUACACCUAAAUGAGCAGACAGACGCCAAAAGUCUUCUUGGUAUUUAUACGACCUCCCCAAGCGAUGGCUCCUUUAUCUGGCAGCCUGGCGUACUCAGUCAGGCUAUGGCGGAGGGCAGAUGGGUCCUGAUAGAAGAUGUUCACCGAGCCUCGCCCGAAGUUAUGGGUGUCAUUCUUCCCAUCCUCGAGCACGGAGAGAUCUUAGUGCCAGGUCGCAAUGAAACUAUUCGCACAGCGACCGGGUUCUGUAUUCUCGCAACCACAACCGAAAGUGCACUACGAGGUAGCGGCAGUGUUCGAUCGCACCAUAGGUGGAACUCGCGGUUUUGGAAUGUAGUCGAAGUCGAGCCACUUCAAUCGACAGAGCUAGAAUUGGCUUUAUCUACUCUAUUUCCAAUACUGAAGCCGCGCAUCUUUCCGUUCCUUUCCGUACAUGAUCAAGUGCAGCAUUUGUUUGAGCAACAAAACUUCAGGACUAGCCGGGUCAGAACCCCCGAUUUGCGCGACCUACUUACAUGGUGCCGGAGAUCACAGUCACGUUUGGUAGCUGCUGGACUUCAGACCGGAGCAGAGCCAGUGGACGAGAACAUCUUGGACAGUAUUUUCAAAGACGCCGUCACUUGCUAUGCAGGCCACAUUCCCAGCCACGAACCACAUUUGGCCGUUGCAAAAUGCAUAGCUGAAGUACUGCAAAUUCCACCCAAGCGAAUGCGCCAUUGCGUAUACGAUCGCCUACCAUCUUUGCGGGAAGAAGGCCGUAAGGUCAUCAUUGGAAGAGCCUCUUGUCCGAUCAUUAACAGCCAGGUCAAUGACGUCGCUAGAAGCAGCAGGAGGCCCAAAUCUGCGUUCGCCCUCACUAGAGGAACUUUAAAAACUAUGGAAGAAAUAGCCGCGGCCGUCGAACACGGUGAACCCACCCUUCUUGUAGGAGAAACUGGGAUAGGUAAGACAGCGACGAUCCAGCAUCUGGCAACGCUUGUUGGCCAAAAGUUGAGCGUCUUUAAUCUAUCACAGCAGAGCGAAAGCGGGGAUCUUCUCGGAGGGUUUAAACCGGUCACGACAAGGUCAUUAGCUAUUCCAAUGUCCGAAACAUUCGACCUACUUUUCGAUAACACAUUUUCACUUCGUAAGAAUGCCCAGUUCCAAGCCUCGAUCCGAAAGUGCAUUUCGAAGGGUAAUUGGACACGUCUGGCUUCACAUUGGCAAGAAGCAGUGGACAUGGCAGAUAAUACUCUUCGGCCUGGAACAAGCCCUGCAGACCAAUUGGGAGACACCCAGCCAAAUAAGCGACGCAAACUUCAGAAUCCUAAAUACGAAGCUCUUCGACAACGAUGGCACGACUUUGCAACGAGACUAUCACACCUCAAAGCUCAAGCAUGUCGCGGGGACAAGAAUUUUGCUAUGACUUUCGUGGAAGGUAAGAUUGUGCAAGCAUUACGAGAUGGUGAAUGGGUGCUCUUGGACGAGAUCAAUUUGGCUACACCAGAAACGCUUGAAAGUGUGGCUGAGCUACUAUACAAUCACAACGAGCGAGCGCCAUCAUUGCUUCUCUCAGAAUCUGGAAAGAUGGAGCGUGUUGAUGGACACCGAAACUUUCACAUCUUUGCUGCGAUGAAUCCUGCAACGGACUCUGGCAAAAGAGAUCUACCAGCAGGUAUCAGAUCACGAUUUACGGAAAUCUUCGUUCAACCUUCAGACAAAACGGUCGAAGAGCUCACUCUUCUUAUAUCUACCUAUCUUGGGACGCUGCUGACUUCAGAUGAGAAGGCAGCUUUUGACCUCGCCAAAUUUUACCUGGAAAUCCAGAAGAUGAACGGUGAAAAGCGAUUGACGGAUGGGGCUGGUCAGGCACCUCAUUUCAGCAUUCGAUCCCUUGUGCGUACCUUGAUCUACACUAAUCAGCAUGCUUCAAUAUAUGGACUCAGGAGAGCGCUUUACGAAGGCUCCUUGAUGAGUUUUACGACAAUGUUAAGCGUCAAUUCGCAACAGCUUGUUAACGCGGCAUUAGAGAGAUGUUUGCUUGGUGGGUUAACGAAUGUUCGGUCUCUGCUCAGCCAGAAUCUAAAGACGGGCGCAAAUAACGACUCAUAUGUUGUCUUCAAACAUCACCUAGUCAAGAGGGGCAACAUCAGUCCAGAGCGCCAACCUCAUUAUAUCAUCACACCAUUUGUAGAACGCAACUUGCUGAAUUUGGCGCGGGCAGUAUCUGUACGACGUUUUCCAAUCCUUCUUCAAGGACCUACUUCUGCGGGCAAGACAAGUAUGGUAGAACACCUGGCAAAGGUCUCAGGAAAUGAGUUCAUCAGGAUUAACAAUCAUGAGCAUACAGACUUGCAGGAAUAUCUCGGCUCCUAUGCUUCUGGUGAAGAUGGGAAGCUGCAGUACAGGGAAGGAGUUCUGGUGGAAGCACUCCGCCGCGGACAAUGGAUUGUGCUUGACGAGCUGAAUUUGGCUCCUACAGAUGUACUUGAGGCUUUGAACCGGCUACUGGAUGACAAUCGAGAGCUGUUCAUCCCAGAAACACAGGAGACGGUCAAACCUCACCCGAACUUUGUGCUAUUCGCAACACAAAAUCCUGCUGGACUCUAUGGUGGUAGAAAACAUCUCUCUCGCGCCUUCCGAAACCGCUUCCUAGAAUUACACUUUGACGACAUUCCAGAGGACGAGCUCGAAUUCAUCCUCAAAGAGCGCACACAAAUUGCCCCAUCAUUCUGUACCAGGAUUGUUUCUGUAUACAAGAGACUAGCGAUGAUGAGGCAGUCAAGUCGACUAUUCGAGCAGCGAAACAGCUUUGCCACUCUGCGAGAUCUUUUCAGAUGGGCUUCACGUCGGGCCGACGAUCGUGAGCAGCUCGCACUAAAUGGCUUCAUGUUAUUGGCAGAGCGAGUUCGAGAUCCAACUGAGAGAAUGGCCGUCAAGCAGAUCAUUGAAGAGGUAAUGAAAGUCCAGAUUCAUGAGGAACAGUUUUAUUCUUUGCGAUGCCAAUCUGUGUCUUUGCAGAAUGCAUCUGGUGUGAUCUGGACACCUGGAAUGCAACGUCUGCUCACGUUGGUCAUGAGUGCCUUGGAGAACAAUGAGCCGGUUUUACUUGUUGGCGAAACUGGCUCCGGGAAGACUCAAAUCUGUCAAACCGUGGCCGAGAUUAAUGGCCAACGUCUUCAUAUGCUGAACGCCCAUUCAAAUACAGAAACCGGCGACUUGAUCGGAGCGCAGCGGCCAGUCCGUAAUAAGGCUGAGAUCGAAUCAAGGCUGCAGCAUUCUCUUCAGUCUCUUCUUGUGAGCCACAUGAACGGGGCCACUGAGUCUGCCUCUCUUGGAGAGCUCAUCGACCAAUUUGAGAGAGCUGACUUGUCCCGCAACGGGGACCCUCUCAACCUAGACAUUAAGGCUAGUAUCGCUCACAGUAGGUCCCUAUUCCAGUGGGCAGACGGGUCCCUCGUUGUGGCCAUGAAACGAGGUGAACCCUUUUUGCUAGACGAGAUAUCUUUGGCGGAAGACUCGGUUCUUGAGCGACUGAACAGCGUUCUGGAACCCAGUCGAAGCAUUCUACUCGCUGAAAAGGGUCCCGAUGACUCGUUUGUCCGUGCGACUCCUGGCUUUCAUUUUCUUGCGACAAUGAAUCCAGGUGGUGACUACGGGAAAAGAGAACUCUCCUCCGCUUUGAGAAAUCGGUUGACUGAAAUCUGGGUUUCCCCACUGUCCGAGCAGAGCGAUGUUCUACCAAUUCUGCAAUCAAAGCUGGGCCCCAUUCUGCCUGAGAUACCUCACGUCAUGAUCGAGUUUGCGCAAUGGUUCCGUGGCACAUUCCAUACGCUCGAUGCAACAUCAGUCUCCUUGCGAGGACUGCUGACCUGGGUGGACUUCGUCCGCCUACAGCAUUAUGAGAAUCCGCAUCUCUCUGUUCUGCAUGGCGCGGCCUUGGUUUUCAUUGACGCCCUAGGCGCAAAUCCAGCGGCACUAACCUCUGUGAAGGCAACCAAUGUCCCACAAGCCCAGCGACUCUGUCUCAAGAAGUUGGGAGCACUUCUCGAUCAAGACGUAUCAACAGAGUACUUUGAGACGCCCUCUGUCGAGAUAGGCGCUAGAUUCGUUCAAUGUGGAAGUUUUCGCAUUCCGUGCGGUACCUAUCAAUGCUCAAGGCCAGACUUCGUGUUUGAUGCUCCAACUACCAGAAAGAACGCUUUGAGAAUUCUCAGGGCACUCCAGCUUCCUCGCCCCGUACUUCUCGAGGGAGAUCCUGGAGUAGGUAAAACCGCGCUCGUGGAAGCCGUGGCGCAGGCCGCUUGCAAGAAACUUACGCGCAUUAAUCUUUCCGACCAGACCGACCUCACGGACUUGUUUGGCUCAGAUGUUCCCGUCGAGGGCGGGUUGGUGGGCAACUUCAGCUGGCGUGAUGGACCCUUCCUUCGAGCUAUGGAGAAUGGCGAAUGGGUACUUCUCGAUGAAAUGAAUCUCGCGACCCAAUCCGUGCUAGAAGGGCUGAACUCAUGCUUCGAUCACCGCCAACAGAUUUACAUUGCUGAACUUGAUCGGACUUUUGUACGCCAUCCAGAUUUUGUCCUCUUCGCUACACAAAAUCCCCAUCAUCAAGGUGGUGGUCGAAAGGGUCUUCCAACUUCCUUCGUUAACCGAUUCACCGUAGUGUACGCGGAUGCCCUUACCCAGGCAGACCUGAUAAUAAUAUGUCAGCGCAGGUAUAAGGGAGCAAAGCAUGAUGUUCUCCAUCAUAUCAUAUCGGCAGUUUUAGAAGGCCAUAACUUAAUUCUAUCUGAUCGAUCUUUUGACUCUAAUGGUGGGCCAUGGGAGGUCAACCUUAGGGACAUUGAUAGGUGGUUCAGCCUCUACAAUCGGUACGAUGGCAAAGUCGAUCCAAGCCAAUUUCAUGAUCUGGUGAUCUCCCAACGAUUUCGUACGCGUGGCCAGCGAGACACAAUCCGUAAUAAUUACGCGGAGAAUCUACGUGAUAAGUCGAUCGCUAGCAUGUUCAACACUUUGUCGUCUUCCUGUUAUCAGCUCGGCCUUGCUUUCCUCAAAAGAAACGAAGAUUACCAGCCGGCCAAAAGCGAGGCUGGUAUAAUUCCGACUCAUCUUCUGCCUUACGCGGAAUCCUUAAUUCAUUGCAUCAAUCAAAAGUGGCCGACUAUUCUAGUGGGUGAUUCGGGAAGUGGUAAAUCCACUGUCAUACGAAAGCUUGCCGCUCUCCAUGGUGCACGACUAGUGGAAUUCUCAGUGAGCGAAGACUUGGACACAGUGGACCUUCUUGGUGGGUUUGAGCAACUACACCAAGAUCGUGCAGUAUCAAGAGUUCUCGAUUCAAUUCGUCAGAGACUUCUUCCCAGCUUGUUGUGUUGCAUAUCUCAAACUAGCCCUGACAGCAGUCUUUACAGCUUACUACAACUUUAUCAUAUGUGCAAUAUGAAGCAAGUUGAGCUGAAGACACUGCAAGCCACAUUAGCUCCAGUUGUUCAGAGAUUUCCUACAUUGCUUGAAGAUGUAAACAUUAUGGAACCUUCAAUUAUUCGAAAAUUCGAAGCACAAGAGCCUCGUUUUGGUUGGAUUGAUGGAGUGCUAGUGGAGGCAGUUGUGAAGGGCCAUUGGCUUGUUCUUGAUAACGCCAAUACUUGUAACUCGGCUGUUCUCGAUCGAUUGAACUCACUUCUAGAACCCAAUGGGUGCUUAAUCGUCAGUGAGCAGCACGAGGGCGAUGGAAGCCCCCGGAUCAUACGCCCUCAUAAUGACUUUCGAAUAUUUCUGACCAUGGAUCCGCGGCGAGGCGAGCUCUCUCGGGCUAUGCGAAAUCGGUCUGUUGAGAUCUGCCUGCAAUCAACGGACAUGGUUCAAUCUUCGUCUCGUCUACCAUCAUACUCAACAGAAGCAGCUUCUUUCCAAUGGCGCCGCUUGCAAACCAUCUCCUUGUUGCAGAAUGAGGCACCUCUUCAAGCCGCUGUCACAGCUGUUUGUGCCGACCAUCUGUCACUUCGAGAAUGUCUAUGGAGUAUUUCGUCGCCCGAGUACGAGUUGCUGACAGGGGAGAACAACAAUCAUAUCAUCCAUGAGCUGGCGCAUUAUCAUUCCCUACCGGACUCGCUGUUCAAACGUAUACAGAAUUUUUAUAACGAGAUGGCCGAAUCCUGUCCAGGGCUUGAACAGGCAAUGGAUGACCAGCCGCUACACGCAGAAUCAAAUGAGCCCUUGAUACAGAUGACUGGGGAUCAUGUGCAGGGGAAGAAAGCUGCUGAGGUUGGCUGGCUUCUGGAGUCAUUCUUGACCUUGUCCCGAACCCGAAAGCUUGUGUCGGACACAGGCGUGCGAGCCCCAAACUUGCCGGUAUCUGAUAUGACGAUAUUAGAAAGGUCAAUAGUUGCACAAAGAGAUCCACAUCGAGCCUCCAACAUGGUUCAGCCGGUCUCGAGACUUGUUGAAUCCCUCAUAUCUGCUGCCGAUGAAACGCUUACGUCUUUAGUGAUCAGCUCCUGCAGCCAUGGAGACCGACCUGCCAACUCCGUCAACGCCAUCUUGAAUUUCUUGAAAGACGUAGUGGACAUGAGCAGACUUCCUCGCAUGCGAGCUGGUUUGCUACCAAUAUAUGUACAGCUCGGGGAAGAACUUUUCUCUAGAACUUCUUCAGUAUAUCCUGCGACCGCGGAGCUACUCAAAUGUUCGCUAGCAGCUUUUGGCACGCAUAUAGAUUUACGUUAUGGUCGAAGCCUGACUCAACUUUGGAGACACUGGCGCCCUAGAUGUGCUGCGAAUAGCAGUCAGCUUGAUUCAUUGCUGAAACUGGACUACAUUAUGCAGGCAUUCGAUAUUGCUUGUCGCAAAGUCCGCUUCGUCCGCCAAAUGGUCAACGUCCAAAGAGAACUUUCGGCAACGCGAAAUGCUAUUCUUGACGGAUCCGACAACGUAGUUGCACUGCUGGCAGAGCUUCAAACCAUCAUCUCAAGUAUCACCCCACCCGUUGAAAUCGACAACGAGCAGCGAACAAACUACUUUGCCGCUGAGUUUGAGGCCUUGUGCCAGUAUCAAGACCUUGAUCAGGGCGGCACUUGGGACCUUUUAGACGGAUCUGGUGAGCAAUCAACCCGAAUAUAUGCUGCUCUUCUUGCUGGGAGAAGUACGAAGCAUAUUGGUUUCCAGACCAACUCAAACCUAUGUCAGACCAUGUUUUCGCGAACAGCGUCCUUCGCAGGCUGGAGCAACCCACUCGUCAAGGUUGAGUCCUGGAAACAAACCUUUGCCCAAGACCUUUUGCAGAGACUUAGUCGUUGCCGUAACGAGCCACUGCAGCGUUUAGACAGUCUGACGGAAGAAUUGUCAUGGCUGUCCAGUUUCACUUCGGAGAGCACACGAUAUUUCAGCAGAAAUCAAGUUGGUCUUAUCAGAGAGGAACUUGUUAGCCUGAUACGCGGUGUAGUCCUAUGCCACCAGGACUUACUCAAGGAAGAACUGCGGCAGCCUCGACCGACCUUCAUUGGAGCAUUGAUGGCAAAGGAUAUCUUCCAUGAGAGUGUGCCAACCGAGCAUCAUUUUCGACAUAUCUGGGAAAUCUAUCUAUAUCCAGCCUUGUCACUUGCGACUUCUCAACUAGGAUGUGAUCAACACAAAACAGUCGGUGCAGGUCUUGUCUAUUUCGCAUUGGCAUCCCUUCAGUUGUGGGUCCCCGAUAGACCUACCGAUCCGGCACUUGCCCUUAUAGUUCAGCGAGAGCAGUAUCAGCGGCGGAAGACUGAACUUGAGACUAAGCUUCAGGCUUUGAAGAUUUAUGCGUCCACUUUUUCUGGUCAGGAGACAAGCUUGAGGAUACGUAGGCUAGAGCAAGAGAUAGGCCUGAUUGGAAAGGAGCCACCUCCACCGCCGGUCGUUCGGUUGGAAGACGUCAAUUUGCUCCAGGUUCAAGCUGAGUUCUCCAACGUUCUCAUUAGCAUUGUUGCCAAACGCCCAGAAACCAUUCUUUUGGCAUGUGUUGAAGGACCUUUUGAAGACGGGAAGAUAUAUGCUUCUCAAAGAUCGGCGGAAACCGACCUCUUGAGACGGAACAUUGAACAGAUGAUACAAAGACUUUCUCAAAGUCCACAUGAGUAUGACGAUCUUACUGUCCCUGUUGUGCAUUUAUUACAAAUUCUAGAUCUUGGUGCGAAAAUACUUGAGUGGAGCGGAAGAGAACAUCAGCCAACCCAAGAACGUCAAGCGAUCACCUAUAUCGUGGAGCAUACCCCACUGCUUGGAGCGACGCCUGCAUCAUUGAGUGAUAAAAUUGAACGACAUCUCGGCGAUGGAGAAAAAGCUAUCCGCGAACUGCUCCAUCUCCAGACAGCCAGCGUGGUCGCGAGUGUUUCUCCCAGAAGUCUGUCAGAUCCUAUUUUGCAGGCAGGAAUAUUAUCAUCAUUUGAAUCCUGCUUUGCCGAAUGGAAAGCUCAUCUAGAAGUCGAUCAAUCCAAGGAGGCACAAAGAGCUAAGUAUUAUGAGUAUCGAGGUCACGAUGUCAAUGAAAACGUGGUCGACAUGGAGGAAGUUAAAGAGAUUUUUCCAACCUUUGAUGGCGAUGUGAUUCCUGACACGAAAGUGGACAAGAUGCAAAACUACGAUUCAAGGGUAUUCACACUUAAGGUGGCCAAGCUACAUGCAAGCAUAUUUUCACCAGAUUCAGGUGGUCCUCAGCUAAAGCGUCAUAUACUUCUGCGGCUGGAUUUUAUGGCACUGCUUUUGUCCACUUGCGACGCCGAUCAUUCUUUCGUCCCGCCAUUGACAAUGCUCCCGGCCUUGGUUCUGCACCUCAAUGAACAGAUGCAAUUUUUCGAAGGCGGAGGAAGCGCAAAGGAGGGCAGUAUCUAUGUAGAUCCUAAUGUGAACGAAACACGCAAGCUUCUGAGCCUGGUGCACCGAAUCGGGAACCACGUCCACACGAUCGCCGAAAUGUGGCCCGAACACGCGCUUCCUCAAGAUAUACUGGCGUGCUGUCAUGAUAUUCUCCGUCUCCCUAUCUCCGAUCCACUUGCCAAGUUGUUCACGAAGACCGAAAGACUGCUUUCCUUCCUCAACGAAUGGCAGAUAGUUGCUAGCCGGGAGUACUCUGUUGUACCAUUCAUUGACGAGCUGACAGCCUUGAUAAUUAGUUGGAGAAGACUGGAACUUUCGUCAUGGUCACGUUUACUUGUGGCGGAAAGCUCAAUAUGCGAAGAGGAUGCUAAAUUGUGGUGGUUCAUGGUUUACGAAAUCGUGAUAUCCAUUCCACUGAGACUGAUCGAUGAGGGCAAUGACUGCGCUAGCCAUUCCCAAGAUCUCGUGGGCACUUUGAUCAAAUUCCUGCAAAAUUCGAGGCUAGGACAGUACUCACCGCGACUUCGAAUCUUAGAGAACUUUCGUAACAUGACAGAGUGGCUGAUGCGCACCGGUAAGCCGCUGGGCACUGUCGACCUGGCUCUACUUAAUGUCAUUGAGCAUUUCAAACGAUAUGAGCCCAUCUUCCAGAAAACCCUUCUUCAGGGCAGAGAAAAACUGGAAUAUGAGGUGAGAGAGCAGAUCAAGCUUGCAAGUUGGAAAGAUACCAAUGUGACCACUUUACGUGAAAGCGCAAGACGUUCUCACUACAAGCUGUUCAAAAUUGUUAAAAGGUAUAGAGCGUUAUUAGCACAACCAAUUGAACACUUCAGUGCUCCGGACGUCCGACUUGACCGACCUAGACUUUUACAGAUCACCUCGUUCGCCACUCUGUCUGUAGAUAAGACUCUAAUCAAAGCUCUUCGUGUGGUUGAGCAAGACGUCGAUGGCUGGGACAAUGCGCCGCGGAGACUUCGCGAACCUCGAGGAGCUGCUGAAAGUAUGCUUCGAUUGUACGAGUCAUCGCAGGGCGACCUUGAUGUUGGAUCCCAGCUUUAUGAGUACGUGCGCAAUCUCACAAGCGCAAUGACCGAACUGCGGUCGGAAACCCCAUCGAAGACUGAUGGCGAUAGUCGCGCCCUAUUACUGCAUCUAAAAGCCCGGAAACGACGGCUGCUCGCAGAUGUCUUGAAAGACGUACGCCAUAUGGGAAUUCGACGUAAUCUCAACACGCAGGAGCUUGAGAGACAACAGUCGCUUAAUACGGUUCUAGGUGCAACUACUAGCUUAAACGAUUAUAGCACGCUACUUGGUGAAAUCAAAUUUGCCGCGCGUCUCUCAGCUGCUAGAGAUUGUUUUCAUGGAGUAUUGGAUCUUAUGGACCGGGCAAGAAAGGGUCAGGAAGACGGAUCUGAAGAUCUAACCAGUUCCGAAGUGGGACGAUGCAUUGGGUCGCUAGAGGGUUUCCUGCUUGUGAUACAGAACCAGCGGCACGCACUAGAUGAUACGCUGAAAGAUCUGACGGUACUUCAGCAGUCUUCUAAAAGGCUUUGUGGCCUUCACUCGCAGGAUGGCUCGCGUUGUGUCGCUCUGCCUCCAUACAGCAUAAUUAAGCACGGGCAGCUGAGAUGGGCAGUUUCUUGGUUGCCUCAGAUACUGGAGGUGGCUUGCAGUGUACUACAAAUCCAGGUCAAGCACAGUGAAAAGAAAUAUACAGACAUCAUCAACUCCUUCAAUUCCUACCAAGCACAUUUCAAGGCUGCUGGACAUGAGCUGAAAGGCAGACUGGAUGAAGAUUUGCCGGAGUGCAUUCAGAGUCAUCAAGCCUGUGUAACCAUCGAUCAUCUACAAUCUUUACUUGCGAAGCUCCGCAAAGACCUUGAUUCGUGGAUUGUCAACGAACCCGAUGCCGCUUAUCUCCUCAUGCAACUAUUACCAUGGACGGAUUGGAGUUCUGUUUCCAUCAACAACGUGACCAUAGAAGAGCGAAGCAGUCUGCAGUUUGAUGAUUUCAAAAGCCGAGCUUUGGCAGCGGUUGACAAGGUUUUCGUUAGCAUGCAGAGACAUUCUGGGUUUGCCGAAAAGUUACCGAAAACGGUUGAGGAUGCGAAAUGGCUCGUACACAGUGACGAGAUACUCAACUUGUCUAUCAGAUCGUUCCACAUAAAAGAAGUUGCUACUGAGAUUAGCGACGUCAUGAACUCCAUUGCCACGUUUGAGGAAGACGAUUUCCAGAAAGCGAUAUCGUUGUGCGUUGUCUUCACACCUAUAUUCACACAAUUUCUGGCCAUUUGUGAGCAUGCUGUUGAAAGAUAUGCCAACUUGCACGCGGAGACAUGCGGACUAGCUUACAUAUUGGUCAAGUCAUUCAAUCAGAUCGCUUCUGAGGGCUUCUGCGGUCCAGCCGACGGUCUCUCCACUGCAGAAGAAAGUACAGGCCAGCUAGAGCAGGGCGUAGGUCUUGCUGAAGGAGAGGCUGCUGAGGAUAUCAGUAAGGAUAUUGCAGAUGAUGAGGAGCUUUCCGAAUUAGCUGAACAGCAACGCGAAGAAGGAUCAAAAGAAGAAAUUCACAAGGAGGAGAACGCAGUGGAUAUGGGCAAAGACGAUUUGCAAGGUGAAAUGGACGAGCAUGGCGAAGCCGAUGAUAAAAUAGGCCAGGACAAGGCUUCUGAUUCAGAAAACUCAGACGAGGACAUGGAUGAAGAGACUGGGAGUGUGGAUAACUUAGAUCCUUUAGCGGUAGAUGAGAAGAUGUGGGAGGGCCUCGCCAACGACAGAGAAAAGGAGCUUGAGACGGAGGAUGGACCAGGGACAUCAACAAACGAGAAGACCGCAGCUAGUGACAAGAAAACCGACCGGGAUGUUGGGCCUGAGGAAAUUUCGGACGAGCACGACGAAGAAGGAUACCAAGGUGAUGAAGACAAUAUCAAUAAGCCACAAGCCGACAACGCUGAUCCACACCUUAAGCAGGACCAAGCACUAGAGCUCCCAGAAGGGAUGCAGCUCGAUGGCGAUCAAGAAGCAAAGGAAGAAUCAAUCUCGAACGAUGGCUUGGAUGAGUUCUCGGAUGCUCAUGAUGAAGCGGAAUGUGACCCACCAGUUGACGAAAACGGUAACGAAGAGCAACUAGAAUGCAAUGACCAGAGCGUGGAGCUAGAUGACACGAACGAAGGCACAAACGUUGAAUGUCAGGCGGAAGAGGGCGAAAUCAUGGAAGAUCAGAUAGCUUCAGAGCAGGGGGAGCAACUCAGAGAGGAUCACUUCCAGACGAGACAGGAUGAGAACCAGAAUGUUGCUGAGAAUGAUGGUGGUGCGGAAAAUGGUGUCUCAGGAGAAGCAGCUGAUCUUGACAAAGAGCAUGACGCUAAGGCCAGCUCUUCUGGUACAGCUCCAGAGACUGAGUUACCUCCAGCUAGUCAGGAGCAGCAUGACGAUUCAAGGGCUGAUCCGCAGGGAGGUACACGCAGCGAAGCAAAAGACCAAAUUGGCAAACACGCCGAUCCAUUAGAAAAACGUGAAGCAGAGGCGUUCAAGAAGCUAGGCGAUGCAUUACAGAAAUGGCAUCGACAGCAACGUGAGAUCUUGCAACCCUCCGAUGUGGACAGACUGAAACAGGAUGACCUCGAGCUCGCGGAUGCAGACUUUGAACAUGUGGAGAACGAGCAAGAUCAAGGCGACAGCCAGGCUCUUGGAGAAGCCACUAAAGACGAAGCACGAGCACUUAAUGAUCGUUACGCUCUGGAAGACCCACAAAACCAAUCGAACGACGGCGCAGCAGCGCCUAAAUCCCAUGAAUCAGAAGAGAGCUCGCCGCAAAGCGGACUUGACCAAGCGCAAGAGGAAACAACAGGUCGUGGCCCAGAUGAGCGACAUCAAGAAAGUGACGCCUUCAUUGCUGACGGUAGUAGAAACACAAAUGCCGAGGAUUUUGCGAAUGGCACUUACGCAGAAGAUGAUCUGGACGACGUCAAACAUGAGCUCUCCAUCGUUGACUUACCAACAACCGAGCAACCACCGUUAACCUCCCCAGAAGAAGCACUCCGCCUCUGGUCGCAUUACUCAUCGCUCACCCACCCUCUCUCUCUCAUCCUAGCCGAACAGCUCCGCCUGAUCCUCUCACCCACCCAAGCCACCAGACUCCGCGGCGACUUCCGCACGGGCAAACGCCUCAACAUCAAACGCAUCAUCCCAUACAUCGUAUCCAACUACAAGCGCGACAAGAUCUGGAUGCGCCGCUCCAUCCCCAGCAAGCGAAACUACCAGAUCAUGCUCGCAGUCGACGACAGCAAAUCCAUGACCGAAGGCGGCGCCCACGCCCUUGCCUUCGAAACCCUAGCACUCCUCUGCAAGAGCCUGAGCAUGCUCGAAGUUGGCGAGGUCUGCGUCGUCAGUUUUGGGGAUGAAGAACAUAUCCGCGUUGCGCAUGGUUUUGGAGCGCCAUUCACGAAUGAGAGCGGGGCAAAAAUCUAUCAGAAUUUCAGCUUCCAGCAGAGCGGCACGAAUGUGAGGAGGCUGAUUGAGGAGUCUAUCCAUUUGUUUCGGGAUGCGAGAGCUAAGGGUCCGACAACGACGGCGGAUCUGUGGCAGCUGCAACUCAUUAUCUCGGACGGGAUUUACGAACAUCACGAUCUCAUCCGUCGCCUUGUAAGGCAAACAUCCGAGGAACGCAUCAUGAUCGUCUUUGUGAUUGUGGAUAGCAACGGCGCAAAGGGGAAUUCGAUCAUGGAUCUAACGCAGGCCGUGUUUGAGGCUGUCGAUGAGGAAGAAAGUGACGGGGUAGGAAGAUCUUCGGGAAGAGAGAUGAAGUUGAAGAUGAAGAGGUAUUUAGAUGGCUUUCCGUUUCCUUAUUACGUUGUUGUAAGGAAUGUGGCAGAUUUGCCGGGCGUUCUGGCUACGGCUUUGAAGGGAUGGUUUAGGGAGGUUGUGGAUGUGCGGUGA